AUGUGUUCUACAACAAAGAAAAUGUGGGGUACAUUGACUGUCAUGUUUGAGGGUUGCUCUACUUCCAUGGAAUCUACCAUUACUACUCUCACUAGGAGGUAUGAGAGAUUUUUCUCAUUGAGAAAUGAAUCCUUGACUGACACUCAUACCCGCUGUAAUGCUUUAGUGAAUGAUUUAGCUGCUAUUGGAAUUACUAAGAAAACUGAUGUGUUGAAAAGUAAAUUUCUUGAUUCAUUACCACCUAAAUGGAAUAAUUAUAUUUCUUCUGUGAAACUAAGUUCUGUGUAUCAAGAUCUUUAUCUCCCUGGACUUUUUGGUUUACUUCAUAAUCAAGAAUCUUCAGAAGCUGAGAAACUAAUUGCUAUGGAAUCUGAUGUUGAUGAAUCUGAUGGUGAGGACUUAGCCAAUGAGGUGGCUUUGUUAGCUGAAAGGAUAAGAAGGAGAUCAUUCAAUAAAUUUAAAGGAAAAGGUAGAAGUGGGCAAGCUGAUAAGACCAAGAAGCCAUUUGACGUGUCCAAGGUCACUUGCUACAAGUGUGGUAAGCCUGGACACAUGGCUGGUGAUUGUAGAUCCAAAGAGUCUUCUCAAGCUGUGCCAUCCAAAGGUGGAAGAAAUGAAAAAUACUCAAAGCUCAAGACCAAAUACAAGGCCUUGAAAGCACAAGUGGCUGAGCUGAGUAAGAAAGUUGAAAAAGAUGAGAAGAGUCUGAUAGCCAAAGACUGGGCUGAGAGUGCCACUUCCUCUGAUGAUGAGAAGUUUAAGGAUGCCAAGUGCUUUAUGGCUAAAGAAAAGUUUGCUGAGGAUCUUGUCAAGAUUCAACAGCAAUCUGAGUCAGCUCACAAGGCAUCUUCAAGUCAGACUGCUCCACCUAAGGAAAUUUCAAUUUUAAAACAAGAAGUAAGCUCAAAGAAUUUCACCAUUGAAAAGCUUGAAUCUGAAGUAAAAGCUCAAAAGCAAUUAAAUGCUAUUUUGGUCACUGAAGCUAAAACUUCAGAAGAAAAGUUUUUGAAAAUCAAGCAUAUAACUGAAUCAUGGUGCACUUGUUCCAAAAGAGCUGCAAAAUGUGUUAAUGUGCAAGUUCCUCAUCAUGUUCAAGCUAUUUUUGAUGGUGACUAUGAUAGAGCUAUUGCUAUCAGUGAAGUCUGUGCCAUGGAACCUUGUUAUCAGCCUCCUUCACCACCCAAAGUCCAAACCAAAGGAAAGAACUCUAAACCAAUUAUAUUGGUUCAGAAGUCUGGUAUUGGGUUUAAUGAUCUCGAGAAAGUUGGUCAAACCAUUGCUAAAGCUGUGUCUGAAUCUGAUAGGGUAGUUGAAUUAAAACCCGAGGAAACUCUUGAUUUAUCAAAACUAUCAAUUACCCAAUUUGUGUCAAAUUCAAAAUUUAAGUCAAACAAUGGUGAAUCAAAAAGAAAUAAAAGGAAGAUUAGAGAUCAUGUUGUUCCAAAAGAAAAGAGCAAAAUUCUGAAGAAUAAGAAGUCUGUUUCAAAUGGAAAUGUUUUACCAACCGAAUCUGUGUCUAAUCCAAACCACCUCAAAUCUGACUCUGACAAAAUAACUUCUAAAUAUGUUGAGUCCAGAAAAGGUAAGAUUUCUAGUGACACUAAUUUACUUACAAGUGUGUCUGAUUCAAAUAUUGUUGAUCAAAGUAAAUUAAGGUCUGAAUGUAAGAAAUCUGGAAUAGGCAAAGGUUUUGUUCAAGAGGAAACUCUAAAUGUUGCAAGAAAGAAUUUCAAAUCUGGCAAGGGUCAGCUUAAGCAACAAUGGGUUUCUAAAUGUGAUAAGAAUAUUGGUUAUGUUUCCCAAUCUGAGUCAGACCCUGUGAAGAGUGUCUUAUGUGAAUGGCUUGAAGCACAAUCUGAUAAGUUGAGUCAAUUGUGUGAUGCUGGCUAUGAAGUAAGAUUCCGAGCUGAUAAGGGCAUUGUUCUGGAUUUGGAAGGUAAUGUGGUGUUAAUUGCUGAGAGAGAUGAUUCCUUGUAUUCUUUUGAUAUGAGAAGUGCAACUGUGACAAGAGAACAUAAGAGUGAUGCAGCUGAUAGUAUUAUUCAUUUCAUCAAGCAAGCUGAAAUACUAUACAAAAGGCCUAUUAGGCAGUUGAGGAGUGACAAUGGUACCGAAUUCAAGAAUGUCACUCUCAACUCAUUCUGUAGUGAGAAAGGUAUUUCACAAGUGUACUCAGCAGCAAGAACUCCCCAACAAAAUGGAGUUACAGAAAGAAGAAACAGAACCCUGAUUGAAGCUGCCAAAUCCAUGAUGGCACAAAAUAAUGUCAAGCCUCAUUUUUGGGCUGAAGCUAUUCACACAGCCUGCUUCACUCAAAACAGAUCAGUCCUUGUUACAUUCUGA